UUCAUAGUAGCGCACGCAAAUUGCAGGUAGUUUUCUAGUUGUUAAUAUAUUACAAUGCGACGCAGGUGGUGUUACACAGUAGAGGGCUUACAAGUCAAAGGAAGCCGCACCCAAUAAUAUAAAGAUCUCCUGUAAUCAGAACUAGAUUCCCCUUAUUAACUUUAUUAAUUACAUAUACGAAAGAAAUAAGGCGUUUGUGGUGAUUGAGACACAUACACACCAUAAGUUGACAAUAUGCCAAUGAUCUAGUCUGAUUCUAAUUAUUGUCAAAUAUAGGCGGGACCCUUUUACUAAAGAAAUAACAAAACUACAGCUGAAGUGUCUCAAACUACAAAGGAAAAAGAGAAAAGGGCCACUUUUGUUUCUCAUUUUUAUUCUUCUCUAUGUUUAUAGGUAAGAGUAAGUCCUAUCCUAUCCAUGCAUAUUUCGAAGAGGGAGGAGAAUAUGAAAAAAUUGUGGUAAACGUCUUUUUUCUGUCAUGAACUAAUUGGUUGACAUGCACUAUCCAAUUUUAUAUUAACGUCUUCCUGUGUCAUGCUAACUAUUUUAGAUCAUGUCACUUUCUCAUGAUUCUGAAGUUUGGAAAAAAAAAUAAUAAUUAAAACCUAGUACAGUGGUGGAGACAUAAUUAGAGUUUUAACAAUGAGACUGGUUUGCCAAAUAUAUAUAAGAGAAAAGGGUAUUCUAUAGUCUAGCAAUGUGAUUCAUUCCCCACACCCUUUAUACUUCGGAACAAAGCUGAACAUGUAUCUUCUCUUCAAUGGAAGAUUGACAAUAAAGUAUGGAGAAGAUUCUAAUCAAACUGUUAAUGUAAGUUUCGUUCUUUUCUUCUGUCUUUCCCCCUUAUGAUCUAAGGUUCAUCACGUAGCUUUAUCCAUUUUAUACUUCUUCGCACCCUCUUCCAUUUAAACAAGGAAAAAUAUGAUAAUUUGGUUGGAGUUGACCAUUUUUUGUGUUUAUUAUACACUUAUUCACUUCUAGUCAACUAUUUAGUAAUGUUGCUCUCCAUUUCAUCUCAUUCAUUUCAUUUAGUUUUCUUUUUUCCCCGUCUCGAUUUUUUUUUUUUCUUUAUUUUCUUUUUGACCAAAAACUAAGAUACGGUAACAAUUGUGUUUUUGGUUUAAUAUCAUCUGCAACAUGCAUGCCCUAUUGUAAGAGCUUUUUAAGGAUACUUAAGAUUUUGUUUAUCUUUAAAGAUUGCCCUGAUAAUGAUGUGUGAAACCAUGGAUUUUAACUUUUAUGCUGUCUGUGACUAAGUCAUUUAGAAGAAUUGAGUUUCCUCUUCCAACAAUUUAAUAUGCAACUGAAAUUCACAGGUUUCACUAUUCCUUUCACCUAAAAGAAACGAUCCUCUUUAAAGCUUUCAACACUCAACUUUCUUUUUUCUUGCUUCCCCGGUUCCCUUCUUUCCCCACAUGACUUCUUAUGGUUUAGAUAGCCACAUAAUUUGAUUGCUUGAAUCAUGUGCUCUCUUUCAUCUAAUUGCAGAUAUAAGCUGGGGACUGAAACCAUAACAUUUCCUUUUGUCUGAACGCUAUGGCUUCUUGUACAUCAAAAUAUAUUUCUUGAUGAUCUUGAAUUGCCAAAGUUCAAACUAGACAAAGAAAGUUAUAUAUUCAAGCUUACCUCCAUGAUGGAUAGGAAAAUUGCACCCAAGCUCAGAUCCAAGAAGCCUGAAAGCAACAACACAGGAAGAACUUUGCGAGUAAAAGAACUUUCAAGAGUAUUUUCUGAGGAUUAUGAGGUAGUGGAGAAGUUGGUAUUGGAUCCACGAGGCCCGGUUGUGAGCAAAUGGAACAAAGUUUUCUUAGUAGCAUGUUUGGUCUCUCUGUUUGUUGAUCCUUUGUUCUUUUACCUGCCAACUGUUAGGAAAAAUUAUUGCAUUGGUAUAUCCUUACCCCUUGAAGCUUCUCUCACAGUCAUUAGGUCACUAGUGGAUGCAUUCUACAUCGUUCAGAUUUCCAUUCGGUUUAGAACAGCUUAUGUUGCUCCUUCCUCUAGAGUAUUUGGUAGAGGAGAGCUUGUUAUUGACACUAGAAAGAUUGCUUCAAGAUAUCUUCGCAAACAUUUUUGGCUUGAUCUUGUGGCUGCACUGCCCGUUCCACAGGUGAUAAUUUGGGCAGCAUUACCAUAUCUGAGAGGUUCAAGAAUGAUUAAUUCGAGAAAUAUUCUUAGGCUCACCAUCAUUUUACAGUAUCUCCUGCGCCUUUAUCUUAUUUUUCCACUUUCAUCUGAAAUUGUCAAGGCCACCGGCCUUGUGACAGAAACAGCAUGGGCUGGAGCAGCAUAUAAUCUUAUGCUCUACAUGAUGGCAAGCCAUGUUUUGGGGUCCUGUUGGUAUCUCUUAGCAUUAGAGCGCCAAGAACAUUGUUGGACUCGUGUUUGUAAUCUUGAGUAUCCAAUUUGCCGCAAUUGGUAUUUUGAUUGCCGCAUAGCGAAUCACAAUGAAAGAGUUGAAUGGUUCAAGGCAAGCAAUAUCUCAAGGCAUUGUGGCUCAGGUAGUCAAUUAUUUGAAUUUGGUAUCUAUGGCGAAGCUUUAAAAUUUAGAGUUUUGUCAUUAGACUUCUUCAGCAAGUAUUUCUAUUGCCUUUGGUGGGGACUGAAAAAUCUAAGCUCUCUAGGCCAGAAUCUUCUUACAAGCACUAUUGUUGAAGAAAUUACUUUUGCCAUUAUCGUAGCCAUUCUAGGAUUGGUUCUCUUCUCAUUGCUCAUAGGGAAUAUGCAAACAUACCUUCAAUCGACAACCGUGAGACUGGAAGAGUGGAGGAUCAGGAGAACCGAUACAGAGCAAUGGAUGCGUCACAGGCAGCUACCACACGAGCUAAAGCAGAAUGUUCGGAGAUACGAUCAGUACCGGUGGAUCGCAACCAGGGGAGUUGACGAAGAAGCCAUUCUCAAAGACCUUCCCGUCGAUCUCCGGCGAGAUAUCAAGCGCCACCUCUGUCUCGAUCUAGUUCGACAAGUUCCGCUUUUCGAUCAAAUGGACGAGAAGACGCUUGACGCGAUCUGUGAAAGGCUUAAACCCUCACUUAGUACCGCCGGAACUUGCCUGGUCCGAGAAGGCGAUCCUGUCAACGCAAUGCUCUUCAUUAUCCGAGGACAUUUGGAUUCGUGCACCACAAACGGUGGCCGUACCGGGUUCUUCAACUCGUGCCGGAUCGGUCCCGGCGAGUUCUGCGGCGAGGAGCUACUAACUUGGGCGCUUGAUCCUCGUCCCGGCGUGGUGCUCCCGUCGUCUACACGUACGGUCAAAGCCAUUGCGCAAGUCGAGGCCUUUGCUCUGAUCUCCGAUGAUCUGAAAUUCGUGGCGGCUCAAUUCCGGCGACUGCACAGCAAACAGAUACGGCAAACGUUCAGGUUCCACUCCCCUCAGUGGCGAACAUGGGCGGCUUGCUUCGUCCAAGCGGCGUGGUUUCGUUACAAGAGAAGGAAGGAAGCUUUGGAGCUGAAGAGGAUGGAGAGUUUCAUUUCAGCAUCAUCGUCGUCGCCUUCGUCGGAGGACAGAUCCAGAUCGGAGGAGAGUUCCGGCUCGGGAAGCACAGGAAUGGGGUUGGGGGUUGCAUAUAAGGGAAAGCUAGGUGGAAGCGUUAGAAGCGGGAGUAAGAGGUUAGGGGCUGAGUUUGAUAUUCUCAGCUCGUUGAAAAAGCCAGUUGAGCCAGAUUUUACAGAUGAAGAUGAUAGAAGAAGAACUUAAACAGAAUUAUUUAGCGCCAAAAUAUAUAUAUAAUUACUAUAGGGCAAUUCUAAUGUAAAGGGUGUAUUCUUUCUCAUGCUACAGGGACUCAUUUGGACCAAUUAAAAGGAGAAAAGAUGAAAAUGUACACAACUUAUGUUGUAUUCAUAUAUAGUCGAUUCCUUCGUGGGAAGUUGGGACCCUGAAUAUCACACAAAGCCCAAGUGUGGCUGUCUGGUUGAACUGCGCGUGGGUGGAAUAUUGGGGAUCUUAUAAAAAUAUUCAUUUUUUCUUUUGUUAUUUUAAUAUUUUUAUUGUCAC